AUGUCUGCUAUGAAUGAAAUUCCAAUCACUCCUCUCUUCACCAAGUCAUUGGCAAUGAUAGAUGAUUUGGCCAAUAAAUUGCAAAAUAAUCAACCAAUUACAUCAUCAAAAUCUUCCGAAAAGAAGGUUCAACAAAAGAAGGAACAAAAGCCUAAACAACAACAACCACCAAAGAAGGCUGCUGCUAAACCAACUCAUCCAUUCCAUCAAACUUUCCUUGUUGUUGCUCAAGUAGAAUCCAUCGAAAAACAUCCAGAAUCUGAAAAACUCUACAAGAUUACUUUAAAUAUUGGAGGUGAUGAAAAGAAGGGACUCGUUGCAGGUCUUCGUAAAUUCUACACUGAAACGGAAUUGUUAAAUAGAAAAUUAAUUUCCAUCGUUAAUUUAAAGCCUAAGAAACUUGCUGGUGUUUUGAGUGAAGCAAUGAUUCUUGCUGGAACAGCAGUUGGUGAUGAAAAUAAUGUUAAAAUUUUGGAUCCAUCACCAAAUGCUCAAGUUGGUGACAGAGUUGUUUUGUCAACAGAUGUUAAUAUUAUUGAACCAUAUGUACAAAGUAUUGAAGAUAGAUGUUCUCCAAAUCAAUGGGAAAAGAUUGUUAAGGAAUUGAAAGUUAUUAAUGGUCAACCAAGUGUUUCAGGAACUACUCUUACUCUUUUGGAUGGCUCAAUAAUUAAAUGUGAAUUACCUGAUGGAAGUGAAAUCCAUUAA